AUGCCUCAGAAUGUACCGCGGGGCGAUCCGCUCGAAAAUUAUGGGCGAGAGAACCGCGCAGCACCAAAACCUGGUCUCCCACAAGUUCACGACUUUGCCAGGACGGUCUACGAUGACGAAAUGACUGCUCUUCGACCAGAGAUCCUAUCAUCUUCUGAGGUGGCCCCUCAACAUAUAGAUCCAACACGACUUACACCUCCAGAAUCAGGAGGUAGCGGUAGCGGCAACAGCGCUGACUUGGGUCAGAAGACAUUGUCGACAGAAGAGAAGAACCAGUGUCCGUUCGGCGAUACUCGCUGGCCUCCGCCUAACGUGUCGAUAUCCAAGCCCUUACAUCUCUUGAGUGAAGAAGGUGAGAAGCCAAUAUAUUACCACUUGGUAUACGAAAACAGCUCCCGUCAGGCGGACUUCUGGAAAGGACCUUUGAAGGCUCAAGCUACCGCUGCCUACGCAGAGAAGGGGCUAGCCUUGUCUAUAUCAAAAGAAGGGAAAAGUAAGAAAGAGCUGAAAGCUGCAAAACAUGAAGCGCUCGAGGAAGAAGCUCCGAAAGCAAAGAUGGAAAUCUUACAGUCUAAAAAUACGAAGAUGCUCAAGGAACUAAGCAGCGGACCAAGGGGAACGAUCUGGCAGCUUGACGAACGACAUCUGCAUAUCUGGAGAUGCAUCGAGGUAGUUCAGAAGGUGACAGGGGCGGUGAGCCUUAGUGCAGACCGGCGAGAAACAUUCUCCAUGUUUGGUGUUGGUCUCAAGAGCAUCAAUGGCGAUAUGUUGCUGGUCAGUCAGAAGGCUAGAGUACCUACUUAG